GGGAUCCUGGGCUCCCGAGCCUGGGCAGCUGGGUGGGCCAGCCAGUUAGGAGCGAGAUGGAAGUAGCGAAGGCCCCAGCGGCGCCAGCUCAGUCAUCGGGUGUUGCUACGCUCUGGAGACACCGAAGGACACAUUCCUGACCCUGGGAAGUCAAUGCGAAGAUUCACAAGCAGCAGGGAGUGUUGGGUCCAUGCAGCCUGCGCUCUAGGAGCCCUGUCGGGGAAUUGGUUCUCGGAGAGCAAGUCGAGUCUUUCAGGCAGUGGAAACUACACAUUGUUUCCUGUACCGUGACAGCGGAGGAAAAAAAGAGAGGUCUUUGAACCGAGGUGGGGGAUUUGGGGGGUUUUCUGAGACGGGCUCUCGCUCUAUCGCCCAGGUUUGCGACGCUGGACCUCAGGCAAAGGACAGUAAUCCUUGAGAGACGGGAGACAAACCAGCCACCCGUGGGACACGGUGAUCCAGGCGGCCAUGCGCAAGUACCCGAACCCGAUGAACCCGAGCGUGCUGGGCGUGGACGUGCUGCAGCGCCGCGUGGACGGCCGCGGCCGCCUGCACAGCCUGCGCCUGCUCAGCACCGAGUGGGGGCUGCCCGGCCUCGUGAGAGCGAUUUUGGGAACCAGUAGGACUUUGACAUACAUCCAAGAACAUUCUGUGGUGGAUCCAGUGGAAAAGAAAAUGGAACUUUGUUCCACCAAUAUCACACUCACAAAUUUGGUGUCAGUUAAUGAGAGGUUGGUGUACACACCUCAUCCAGAGAACCCAGAAAUGACCGUGCUCACACAAGAAGCCAUCAUCACCGUGAAGGGCAUUAGCCUCGGUAGUUAUUUGGAAAGUUUAAUGGCCAACACAAUAUCAUCCAAUGCAAAGAAGGGGUGGGCGGCUAUCGAGUGGAUAAUCGAACACUCUGAAAGCGCUGUGAGCUAAGGAGGCCUGCGCCUGUGCUUGUGAUAAAUGGUGAUGCUUCCCAGAAGAAAGGAAAGAAGCAGGUGAGAAGGUGAGGAGAGGACGAGCAAUGACCGGACGGAAGAGCGCGUCUGGCUGCGAGGGCGCGCAGGGCCGGGGAGGAGGAUCGGGCUGGACUCAUCGCGGGUCGCAGGUGACCCCGGCACUGGACGUCCCUCCCCUCAUGAGCGUGCAACAGGGAGCUGCCCCAGCCAGCCCCGCCGCCGCCGUCUGCGUGGAUGGAGGGCGCGAGGCCCUCGCCUAUGUCCCGUAGGUGUGGCGCCCAUCACCUUGCCUGCCAUGGUGGCCCCGGCCCUUCUCUCCCUGCAGGUGGCCCGUGCCGCCCCCGCCCGCCCGCGUUGUCCUCCACUCAGGCCCGUCCACAGACGCU